AUGACGGAGAAGCCAUGCGACUCAGCAACUGAAGAGUUAACGUGGAACCUAUUCGUGGACGCAGCCUCCAGUGACCAAGGAGCCGGAGCAGGCAUAGUCCUAUUAGGACCUCAUAAAAUUGCAAUUGAGUACGCAGUACACCUAAGCUUUAAGGCUACCAACAAUGUGGCAGAAUAUGAGGCCCUCUUAACAGGACUCGAAAUUGCGAUAGAAGUAAAGGCGGAGAAGUUAAAAAUCCAUAGCGAUUCCCAACUGGUCACUAGCCAAGUUUUGGGACAAUUCCAGACUAAGGACCAAAACAUGGCAAAAUACAUGGCAAAAGCGAAGGAACAACUCAAGAAGAUUGAAAAAAACGGAGGACAAUGGGAGAUAAUACCCAUCCCCAGAGAAGAGAACACCAGAGCAGACGCAAUAGCUAAAGCAGCCGCAGUAAAAAGCCAGCUAUAUGUGUCGCUUCAGAUGAAGGAAGACCGGAUGACACCAACAGUAGAGGAGCAGCAGUUGUUACCAGUCGCAGUACUUGAUCCAUGGAUGCAACCCAUAGUGGCAUAUUUGGCGGACGGAGUCCUACCUGAAGGACGCACCGAAGUUGCUAAGCUGGUUCGAAUUUCCUCUGUUUACUCACUGAUAGAUGGAGCGUUGUAUCGGACCUCAGUCACACACCCAUGGUCCAAAUGCAUAUCACUGGAAGAAGGAAGCUACGUCCUUAGAGAAAUCCAUGAAGGAGAAUGCGGAGCUCACGAAGGCGUAGUCACUUUAUACAGGAAAUCAAUGUUGCAAGGAUUCUAUUGGCCCACGAUGAAGAGAGACGCCGAGGAGAUGGUCAAGAAAUGUGAUAAGUGUCAGAGGUUUGGGUCACUCAUCAGAACCUCAGCCGCCCACCAGUCAACUAUUGGAAGCCCUUGGCCUUUCAUGAUUUGGGGAGUAGACAUACUGGGACCUUUUGUCCCAGCCAGAGGACAAGUGAAGUUUAUAGUAGUCACAGUCGAUCAUUUCACCAAAUGGAUAGAGGUGCAGCCCAUGAGCACCAUUACAAGUAGAAAAAUCCAGAAGUGGUUAUCAAACGAAGUCAUGAGCAGAAAAGCAACAGGGGAAACCCCAUUUCGCCUCACGUAUGGCAGCGAAGCAGUUCUCCCAGUAGAACUGGGGAUGCCUACCCUACGGGUUCAGGUCCUAGACAAAAACCGCAAUGAGGAGUCCCUGAGGCUAUGCCUUGACCUCCUCGAAGAAAGAAGACAGCAGGUAGCAGUCCGACCAAAGCGUAUCGCAGGCAAAUGGCCAGGUAUCACAACGCCCGAGUCAAAAAAAAGGAAGUUUGAAGAAGGAGACUUAGUCCUAAAGAAGUCAGAAAUUGGCAGAGGAGCCGCCGGAGUUGGAAAAUUAGAGGCCAACUGGGAUGGUCCAUAUCGCGUAGCAGCAGUAGUCGGAAAGGGAGCAUACAUAAUAGCUCACCUAGAUGGGACUCCAUUACCCCGGACUUGGAAUGUUGAAAAUCUGAAGCUAUACCUUCAGUAA